AUGACAUUGGUUGUAAUUCUAUUUCGUAUAAAAAAUCAUUGCCAAAAUGCAACGAAGAAAGACUAAACUAUUCACAAACUAUCCAGUUUAUAAUACUACAGCUGCAAUAGACACGAGUGAUAAGGCAACAAGACGAGUUAUAGCCCCAUAUGUGAAAAUCGUUAGGAAAAGUGAAAAAGCACAUUUGGAAAAGGAGCAAGAACAUCAAAAGUUCAACUUUUAUAUCCAGAAUAAACCUAGCGUGUUAUUGCACGAUUUGACAUCAUUUUUAUCCGAUAGUGUUGAUUUGGUAUUGCUUCUACAUGAGACUGCUGAAGUGAUGAAAUCAACAACAAAAGCUACAGGAGUGACAUUGUAUAUGGUGGAUUCGGCUUCUGAAGAAAUUUAUCAGAGUCAAAGAAAUUUCACUGGAGAUCGACAUAAAGUGAAUUGGAAAAUCCAAAAAGGUAGCAUUGUUGCCGCAUAUGUCGCAUUCAAACGAGAGUAUCUCAUGGUCGAUGAUAUACUGGGCGAUGAAAGAUUUCCAGCAGGUGUUGGAUAUCAUGGGGAUAUGAUAAAAUCUGUACUAUGCGUCCCUGUAGUAACCCCAGACGGUGACUGUUAUGCUGUGAUUGAGCUCUAUCGAGAAGUAACUCAACCACCGUUCAACAAGGAUGAUCUGAAGAUAUCCAUUGUGGUGACAGGUUGGAUGGGUGCUGCCAUUCACCAGAACCAUCUCCGACUGACGCUUCAGAAACAACAAGAACUGAACGACUAUCUCCUCGAUUUGACUAAGUGCUAUUUCGCGGAAACUGUGGCUAUAGAAAAAAUGAUAACUGAAAUUGUCAAAUUUGCCAAAUCUACUUUAGGUGCAGAAAGAGGUACAUUUUUUAUAAUAGAUGAGGAAAGUGACGAUCUAGUAGCGGAAGUGUUCGAAGAAGGCAUUGGCGUGGACGAUACCAUGCAUCGCAAAAACGUCAAAGUACGUCUAUCGAAAGAUCGAAGUAUAGCAGGCCUCGUAGCUAGAACUGGAGCGACGGUGAAUAUUCGAGACGCUUAUAAUGAUCCCAGGUUUUUUACUGAAGUGGACGAGAAGACUGGCUUCAUCACUAGGUCGAUUCUAUGCAUGCCAAUUGUCAGCGUAGAUAAUAUGUUAGGUGUGGUACAAGUGGUGAAUAAAAUCAAUGGAGUAUGUUUCACCCCAUCAGACGAAAACUUAUUCAAAACCUUCUCGGUGUACUGUGCUCUGGCAUUACAUUACACAAGACUCCAUCAGAAGAUGUACAAAACCGAUAAGACCAAUGUGUGUAAUCUCAAAUUACUGGGACUGCAACUUAAACCUUGCAUUCAUGAUAUGGAAUAUUUCAUAGAAACGCCAGAAGUAACUGAACCUUACAAUUUCAAGGAGUUUCGUUGGUAUGUCACACCUGAGGAAGUCCCGCAAAUGCCACAACUUGUUCUGCUCAUGGUAACAGAAGUAAUAGGCGCCUCAGAAUUCGACAUAAAGAGUAUGAUGCAAUUCAUUUUAACAGUAAGGAAAUGUUAUCGCGGCAAUCCCUAUCAUAAUUUCGAGCAUGCAUUCAAUGUAGCCCACUGUAUGUUCAACAUAUUGAGGAGAAAUAUGAAGAAAUUCAACCAAAUCGAGAUAAAGUCUCUACUGAUUGCCGCUCUCUGUCAUGAUCUUGAUCAUGGUGGAUUUACAAAUAAUUUUUUGCAACUGACCGACGAUACACUAGCGCAGCUAUAUGAUGAAUCACCUUUAGAAAAUCAUCAUUAUCGUGUGGCUAUGACAAUUUUAAGCGAUUGUCCGAUAUAUCCACAAAUUUCAAGGAAAGUUUACGACCAAAUUUCCAAGGAGAUGAAGGAGGCAAUCUUGGCAACAGACUUGGCAGCAUAUUUCAAAUUCCGCGUCAAGUUGAUACAGUUGAUAAAUGAAAAACUAUUGGAUUUUGCUAACAAUAGGCACCGCACUUUAGUAAAGGCUAUCAUGAUGACAAGUUGCGAUUUGUCCGGAAAUUGCAAACCGUUUUUGGUCGCUAAAAAUAUAUGUGAUAACGUUUAUAAGGAAUUUUAUAAUCAGGGAGACUUAGAGAAGAAAAUGGGAUUAGUACCGUUGUCUCUGAUGGAUCGAGAAAAAUCCCAAAUGGUUCCCGAAGAUCAAGUACAAUUUUUGAGCGUGAUAGUUUUGCCAUGUGUAGAGCUUCUGAAAAACAUAUUUCCUAACACCGGUGAACUUCACACAGAAUGUCUGCUUUUGAGAGAUACUUGGAAAGAAAUAAUUGCUCUGAAAGGCCAAAAGAGUUGGAGGCAAGAUGAUUCUGUGGUAGAUCAAAACGAAUGCAUAUAAAUAAAUUUAUUUGAGUACAUAUACGUUCAUAACUGUACAUAAACUAACCUAAUUAUUGUAUUAUACAAAAUUAAAGCAUGGAAUAAAAAUGUAUCCACAGUGCAUGUAUUAUAUUCAUUUACCAAUAGAUAUCUUCAAUUUACUAAUUAUUAUUAAUUAAAGUUCACAGACUUUUUUUGACUAUAUUCAAUAUUCAACAACUUUCUUCUAAAUAAUACAGAUCCAAAAUUUUUUAUUCAACAUAAAAUAUCAAUAUAUCAUCGAUAAAAUUACUAAUAUCUAGUUUUAAAAAAACACACAAGAAAAACUGCUUUAAAAAUUCAAGUAACGUUACAGGUAUUCUCUUGCAUAUUUUGUAGCUAUUGAUUCAAAGAAUACAUGAUAGCAUCCUGGUAUAAGGUGACAAGAGGUACUAAUAAUUCAUUAUUGUAUGUGCUUUUUGAAGCAAUUGGAAAGGGAACAGUAGCUAAAUAUUCCACGAAUCCACCUCGACAAGAAAAAGUUUCAAUAUAUCUUUUUGUAUCAACUUUUCAAAUUGAUAUUUUAUGUGAAUUAGGCCAUAAUAUUCAUGUUUAAUUAUAAGGAGCUGUCAUGAUACUUUUUUCUCUUCUAACUAUUUUAUAAAAUAAGGACUUUACUGACUGAAAUCUUAAAUAGAUUGAUUUAGUACAAUAGAUUCACAAAAAAAA